AUGGGGGUGACUGAUAUCAGCAGUAAGAAGGGGGUGACUGAUAUUAGCAGUAAGAAGGGGGUGAAUGAUAUCAGCAGUGAGAAGGGGGUAAGUGAUAUCAGCAGUAAGAAGGGGGUGGCUGAUAUCAGCAGUAAGAAGGGGGUGACUGAUAUCAGCAGUAAGAAGGGGGUGACUGAUAUCAGCAGUAAGAAGGGGGUGGCUGAUAUCAGCACUGCAGCCGCGCUGAAGCCGGACGCCGGCCUGGAGAGCGGCUGGGCCACUAUCAACCACUCCAUGGCGCUGGUGCAGCGGAUGGAGGCUCUGCUGGCGCAGGGGAACAGCAGCGACGUGGGGCUCCGGGUGCAGACCGCCAGCUCAGACGAGGUGAAGGUGAUCCAGGCCCACGCCCUGGUGCUCUCCCUGCAGAGCGAGGUGUUCGAGGAGCUCCUGCAGGGCCGCAACAGCAGCACGCUCAUCCUGACCGAGCCGUCCGAGUGCACGGCUGUCUUCGACAAGUUCAUACGGUAUCUGUACUGUGGCGAGCUCUCGGUCAGCCUGGAGCAGGCUGUCCCCCUACACAAGCUGGCCAGCAAGUACCGCGUGUGGGCCCUGCAGCAGGGCCUCAGCCUGUACAUGCGGCAGCACAUGGCCAGCGACUCGCCGGGGGGCCACGUGGUGGGCUGGUACCAGUACGCCACGCAGACCGGGGACGCGGCCCUGCGAGACACCUGCCUGCAGUACCUGUCCUGGAACCUGUCGUCGGUGAUCCAGAGCGGAGAGUGGGCCGCCAUCGGCGACGAGCUCCUGCUGGCCCUGCUGCAGCGCUCCGACCUGGUCCUGCACAGCGAGCUGGAGCUGUUCGAGGCGCUGGAGGCCUGGAUGGAGCAGAACCGCCCCGGCAUGCCCGCGGCGGAGACGGCCGUGCGGGCAGUGCGCUACGCCAUGAUCCCGCCGCAGCAGCUCUUCCGGCUGCAGAAGCAGUCGCCGCUGCUGCUGAGGUACCAGGAGUCGGUGCGCGACCUGCUCUUCCUGGCCUUCCAGUUCCACGCCGCCUCCCCCCAGACGCUGGCCAAGUACUUCGACGUCAACUGCAGCCUCUUCACCCCCCGAAACUACCUGUCGGCCGCCUGGGGGGCGCCCUGGGUCAUCAACAACCCCACCCGCGACGACCGCAGCAGCAGCUUCCAGACGCAGCUGGGCCCCAGCGGGCACGACGCGGGGAAGCGAGUGACGUGGAACGCGCUGUUCUCUCCGCGCUGGCUGCCGCUCAACAUGCGGGCGCCGUACGGCGAGCUGGCGGGCGCCUUGCAGCCCUCCCGGGCGGACGGCGGGGGCGGGGGGGCCGGGGCGGGCCGCCCGCGCAUCAUCGUCACGCCCGCCACCUCCAGCGCGGACUUUGCCGGCGUCAGCUUCCAGAAGACGGUGAUCGUGGCGGCGCGGCAGCAGGGUAAGGUGGUGGUGCGCCACGUCUACAACUUCCACCAGAGCACCGAGGAGACGGGCGACUUCCUGGCCAACGCUGACCUGCAGCGCCGGGCGUCCGAGUACCUGAUCGACAACUCCCUCCACCUACACAUCGUCGUCAAGCCCAUCUACCACACGCUCGUCAUUGCCAAGAAGUAAAGUAAAAAGGCUAAAAAGUGCCACCCAGUCUAUUCCCCUAACCCCGUGUCAUUGACCCCAGUCACACGCAAACAUAGCAUACUCAUAUCACCACCACCUUUCUCUCUGUCCCUAUCAAAGAUAACCGGAUCCGAAACCUUCACUGUGUUUUAGUAGAUAGAUAGUUUUUUCCUUCUUUAUUGCAGUCCCGUACUGUCUUUUGUUACAACUGCCGUCUGUUAGUAGGAGCGUA